UCAAAAUCAAAAGUAUAGUGAGGAAAGUUGUUUUCAUCAUAUUUUAUUAUAUUAUUUAAAAAUGCCUCUGCCCCCAGCAAGUGGCACAGGCAGAUUCUUCGCUAAAGCGGCAAAAUCCAUACGCUUGAUUCGCCAGGGAUGCACUAAUAGGCCGUUUUAUCAUAUUUCAGUCACUCACAGAAAAAGACUGAAUUCUCAGCCAGUUAUAGAGCAACUAGGGUCCUACGACCCGAUGCCAAAUGCAUUUGAUGAGAAGUUGGUAGCACUGAACCUCGAAAGGAUUAAAUAUUGGCUUGGCAAAGGUGCUCAUGUCACUCCUCCUGUUGCUGAAUUACUCGGUUUGUCAGGUUUCUUCCCAAUCCACCCAAGGACCUACAUGACUGCAUGGAGAAACAGAAAGAUAGAAAUGGAACUCUUAGCCAAACAGGAAGCCGAGAAAGCAAAGCAAUCUGAAACAAGUCUUUCAUAAAAUAAAUAAAAAACAUUUAGCUAUCAAA